CCUGGUAGAUGUCUGAUUAACCAACAUCGUGUCAGGGCGGAACCAUUCUUCUAUUUCUCUAGGUUGGGUAUAGGUGUUGACUUGGCGUAGUAUUUAUUCUGGUAGAGAAGCACUUCAACAAGGGCUGAUAUGGCGGAUUGGCUUAAAGAAUAUGGGAUUCUCAGCUCGUGGAUCUGUUCAUUCAUAGCAUAGGGGUAGAUUAAGCUUUAGAACAAGGAUUUGCUCUAUAACCCGGGAAAGGAAGCUUCUACGUGAAGUUAGCGAGACGGGUGGUGCCAUUUAUAGAAAAAGAUUGACUACAAUAGCACUUUAUGCACUUCACUUUUGGCUAUUCUACAUGGGCAACAACUAGCCUGGGAAAUGGGCUUCAUUCAAGUCUUGGUCUUUUCGGAUUCACUUAUUUACGUGCAUUUUCUUAAGGAAAGAGCCUACCUACUCAAACCUGAUAGAUGGAUGGAAUGAACCUAGCAUAGCGAAUUCUUUAAGUUGAAUAUAAGAAAGAAAGCCUACAAGUAUAGAAAGAAGUGCUAGUAUCCUUCGAUUUCAUUUCUUCGCUUUUAUAGAGCUUUUCCUUUUACCUAAUGCCGGCUACCGACAACUCUUGCUAUCCAAUCCUGACCCAAUGUACUCCAUACUGAGGGGUAUGGCGCAUACCCAUACCCAUGACCAACCUGUAAGGUGUUCCCUAGUGAACUGAAUUUCUGGGAACAUAAAUAGAAAAAUGACUGUGCACUCUAAUUUGGUAGAUAAAUAUAUGACAACAUUGUUUAGCUGUCUAUACUCUGACUCUGCAUUCAAAUGGGGGUCAAAAUGCUUGGUGUCCAAUCAGAUAUCCACAGAGAAUAGUCAGUAUUAGUUUACCAUUUUUUAAUACACAUUUAUAAACCAAUUGCAUCUCUGGUAACUCUGAAAUUACUUGAAUCAGUAUUGCUAUGAGAUCCCCUCUCCAGUACUGCAUGUUCCCUUGCCGCUCCAGUUGGUUUACUCCCAGAGACAUGAUUAGUACCACCAGAGCUUGAAUCAAUCAUUCCAUCCCCAACUCCUACAUCAGAUUACUACCUCCCCCAGGACAUGUCCAGUUCAAUUACCAUCUAUAUUCAAAGCACCCGUAAAAUCUUGGAGUGGUAUCAAAGUAGGAUCAUCGUUAAUCACUUAUGGAUGCCUACAAACAAUAUGCUAACUAUAUAUAAGACACCAAGGGUUACAAGUAUAGCUACUUUUUUUAGAUGUUAUUCUCAAGUGCAUUGAGUGAAAGCUGUAAUUCACUCCUCCUGGGUCCAUUGAUUUUUAAUGAUUUUUCAAUUUCCCCAAAAGAAUAGAUGGAGAUUCAUGCUAAUAAAGAAUAGCUAAGGAAAAGAAAGGAUUGAGGCAAAAGCUCCACAUCCCGUGUAAAGAAGUCAGAAAAUCUUGAUGAGUUUUUAGAAUGGAAGCUUCUGACUUGAGAUUUCUUUAGUCAGGGAGGAGCUUAGAGCCCACGGAAAUUCUAAAAAGAAUCCUAUUUCUCAGCUAAAGACCCCACUCCAUCAAAUCACUUAUAUUAGGUUAAGCCCUGAGUAUGCCAAACUUCUCCUUUACUACGGUAAGUAUGCUAUUAAAAGCUUCUAGGAUGAAGCAGACGCCACCUCACUAUCGACCCAUUCUCCUACGUCAAUGUAGCUCUUCACCCUUUUCUCCCUCUUGUUAGUCUUCCAUUCUGUCUUAGAUUUUAGUACCCGUGCUUGAAAUAUGCACAACAUGAAGUUCCGGCCGCAGUGUUCAAGCAACAAAAGGCCGCCCCAACAAAGCUGUGCCAGAUCAAUUCAAUUACUGCUUCAAAUAACCACAGGUACAAAGAGCGAAGUGCCUGUUACAGAUGAUCGACACUCCUCAUAUACAAUGUCUGGUUCAGCAGAGUAAGCAAGACUAUUGCAUAAGCCUUAUCUACCUCAGAUUUCUCGUCCUACAUGAGUCCAGCGGCACACCGGGCUUCAGUUACAGUAGGUUGUGAAAGAAAGCACUUUUCUCGAUUUCGUGCACGAAGAAAGAUCCGGAAUUCAAUUCACCUUUUGCAUUAGUCUUUCUCGAUGGGAUGAAGACAAGGAACUGACAGAUGCCAUGACUUAAUAGGGUAUCCAACCCAAUAGUCAAGGCGGGAGGGGAUUGAUGCAUCGAAUGCCCUCUUAGAAAGUGAAGUGGAAGAAUCUUUAGUUAGAAAGAAUCGGUUAUCGCAAUAUCAGCUGUCGCAUAAUCAGCAGCUACGGCAGUUGGGGAGUUUCAAGAAGACCAAUGAGCACCCAUUGAUCGAGUUGGGGAGUUAACCUCCGCCUUCCGAUUGAUCAAGUAAAAAAAAAAUCCAGUUGAUUACGAGACCUUCUGAUAUAGGAUAGUUUCCAGUAGAGCGGGAAGGCUUAGUGAAAAGGAAAGCAAAAGUACUUUCAAGAGCCGAAAUUUCUCGAUAGUGUUGUGAGCCCCUUAAAUAGAAUUUAGUCCUUCAACCGAAAGAGAAAGCUCCGCCCUUACUUAAACUUAAAAUCAAUGAUUCACUUCGUUUCGUGCGCCUAUUUCCUUAUUUUUCACCCAUGGCUACUUCACUUCGCUAGCCAAGCCUUGAAAGAUCCGUUACAGGCAUUUUUAUUGAACAAGCGAUUGAAGACCGAUGGCCCUUAAGGGAAGCAGCAGGUGUCGACCGCUCUAGGCAGUCUCGCAAGCUUACAGUGUCUCAUACCUUACCGCUUGAUGCCACUGCUUUGCUCACUUUAUUCCCUGCCGAAGAUCUUCGUGAGGUAGGUUCUCUAUGGUUCGGCGACCAAACCUAAAUUGUGGAGGAUGGUUACGAUUCCCCAGUAGAACCUACUGAUCAAAGAGCGAUAGGUUGAAGAUGGUUGAUUAACACAUUAAUUCUACCGGCUCAAAAGAUCUGAAAGCUGCUACCGACUCUUUGCCGGUGGACGCGGAUCAAUGCUCGCUGUUUGGCGAUCGGUUGGCUCAGUCGUGGUGUUAUUAAAUGAAAAAACCUUCCUUUCGUUUUCCAGAACCUUGCGAGUCACCAACGUCAGUCCAUCGGGUCAACCUCUAGGCUAUUAUUCUUCCUGGCCGGUCUUUGAGAAAGUUGUAAACUUAAGGAGUCUACCCUAUCCAAUAACUCCAAAGGCUUCUAGUUAGUAAGACAGGUGUCAGUACCAAAUCCUUAAUCAGUAGUGGACUGCUAGUUAACGCACUACUAAAGCUGAGUAGCCAGCAUGCGCACAUCAUGAUUUGCCAGAGGAGCUCAGCGAAUGGAAGAAGCAGGCAGGGAUAGAUAGAAUUUGGUAGGGAAAAGUGCUUCCUGGCUAGCGACUCGACUGUAACUCCUCUCCAUCCACUCCUUUCUUUAUCUACGACCAUAUGUUUAGCGCCUUAACGCAUCCUGGCACUUCUACCGUCUUUCUCUACGACUUUGAUUUGUAAAGAAACUUGUACUACUCAUUCUGUCUAGUAAUUUCUUAUAGCGGACUUUCUAUCAGGUGAAUUUCAUGCUUUUUUCACUCGUUUAUGGCAUGUUGGCCCUCGGGACAUUUCUUUCUGGCAUUCGUCAAGUCAUUUUCAUCGUGGUAUUCCCCGUCACUCUUUUCGGCACAUCAUAGGCCUCACCAUCAGAUGCCGAAUCCGCUUCAACCGGAAUCGAAGAAGGAUCAAAAAGCAAGGUCGCUAUGAAGGCUGCGCCGGUUAUCCCUGUCUGUGGUAACUCUGACACCUUUAGCUUCAUCGAAAGGUUAAGGGGCCACGCUUCGUUAAACAGGCUAGCUACAAAACUACAAUCGUUAAAGAGCACGGACUCGAUGGCUCUAAAGAAAGAGCUACCUCACCUCAAGUAGUCACUGCCACUUCUAGCUAGCAGACCCUAGGGAGGAAGUUGGAAAAGAUGUUUUCUAUUAACCAUUAACCGGCGGAGUCAUCGGGCGGGAUCUUCUCCUUCGGCGAUGGCUGGCUUUCAUGUUCAUAAGUUCUCUUUGUCUCAUACCUUGCUAAUGGUUAACUAUUCCGGUUCUAUUCUUGAAUCGUAGUGAGCUUGCCUCAGAGCACCGAGCAAACAGCUAGCCAGCUUCUCCUACAAUUAAUGCUCUACAGCUUUGUAAUUUCCUUCCCUAGCUUUGGGAUUAGCUAAGAGUUUUGCUUACAGCUUGCAUUUAACGAAUGGAAUUUCUAGAAUAACCAGUGGGUUACUCUUUCUAGGGAACUCGAAUUUCACAUAUUGAGGGAUUUCCCAGACGACUGACAGAGAAUUACCUCCUUACUGGUGUGUUCAUUUCCUACUCUAUUUCCUAGCAGCAUUUCAAAAUAGAAAAGAAAGAUUUCAUGAAUACCUGGUAAUUUACGGGCUUGCUGGAGAAUCUGAAUUUCCUUACUCAUUCCGAGAAUAGCCUUUAUUGAGUGGGUACUUUGUAAUUUCAUCUGAAGAAGAAGAAACUAAACUCGUACCAGACUGAUUGGAGCAUGUUAAUGAAACUCAAGGGAGUGAUGAGAUAAUGGCCAUUGUUUUUUUUUAUAGUAUUAUUAUAGUGACUGAUUGUGUGGUGUUCAGUGUACUGAAGAUCGAGAAAAGCGGAUUUCUCCCUAAAAUAUCAUCAUCGUCUUUGUGAAAGUAUGGAAUUCUCACCAAGAGCUGCGGAACUCACGACUCUAUUAGAAAGUAGAAUGACCAACUUUUACACGAAUUUUCAAGUGGAUGAGAUCGGUCGAGUGGUCUCAGUUGGAGAUGGGAUUGCACGUGUUUACGGAUUGAACGAGAUUCAAGCAGGAGAAAUGGUGGAAUUUGCCAGCGGUGUGAAAGGAAUAGCCUUGAAUCUUGAGAAUGAGAAUGUAGGGCUCAACGUGAGACUCGUGGCGCGUACGCCAGAUGGGAGCGACAUCCCUUCAUUUCCUCCCUCAGCCUCAGAUGGGGCUGCGGGGGACCUUCCCCCUUAAAAUAUAAUCAACAACGAACCCGAGACUCCUGAAGAAAUUAUCCAGGAUUUAACAGAUAAUUUGCAAAGGUUGUUUGG